UCAACGUCAUCACAAGACAACAAUAUUAUCUGCCAAAUGACAAUAAUAAAUAUAAUAACUAUUAAAUAAACUCAAGUAGCGAGACGUAAGAGUGAGUUACAUCAAACAUCUUGACCCUGAUAUUAUUAAUAAAUUUUUUUAACAAGAAUUACCCGGGCAUUGGAGAGUAGUUGCUCUUAGUUGUCUUGCUAUCGUUCAGUGUAUCAUAAUUAAAUCGGCUGUGUUAAAAAUGUAUCGAUUGUCUUCCAUAUUAUUAAAUAUAUUUUAAAUUUAUAAAUUUUAUUUAUUAUUUAUUACGAGUGCUUUUAAUUAUCAGUUGUCUGGUGUCUAAUUACCAAGUGUUCUGCUGCUGUCAUUGUCAGUUUUACAAUCAGCUGUAAUUUAUUUAUCUGUCAUCCCCACCUUUUAUUACCGCCCGUUUAUCUCAGACGACUAGACGUUUUCUGUUUACAUAUUUAUUAUCUUUUUUUUUUCUACUUCUCUUCCUUUCUCUUUCUUUCUCUCUUCCUUUCCUAGUCGUGUCGAUAAAAUAAAUUAUGUCUCACGUUUGCGGUACAACAUUGAGUAGACGUGUAGUUAUCAUUAGGGGCUGGUCGAGUUCAAAACAUUCAUGGGAGUACAGAGGACGACCGCUCUAUCCAUAUUCACCGGGAAUCGCUGCUAGUGGCAUAAAGUUAACAUCAACAUAUCAACUCCGUUCAUUAGCUUCAUUACCAGUCUCGUCAUCGUCGACAACACCAGCAACAGCCGCGAUAGCGUCAUCAGUCGUGAAUAAAUCCGGUAAACCGACAACAAAUCAUCGAACUUUCAGUAGUACUAUGGCUAAAGCUAGUGAUCAAUGUACACUUACUCUGGAUAAUGUUUUCUCAAAUUUACGGCGUAUGGAAUAUGCUGUACGUGGACCUCUUCUUCUACGUGCGCUGGAAAUUGAGAAGGAACUUAAAAAAGGUGUGAAAAAGCCAUUUAAAGAAGUAAUUAAAGCAAACAUUGGCGAUGCGCAUGCUAUGGGCCAACGUCCAAUCACAAUUUUACGUCAAUUAUUACUAUUAACAAUAUCACCGGAGCUUAUGAAUGACCCGCGUUAUCCAGAGGAUGUUAAAAAGCGUGCACGAGAUAUAUUAAAUGAUUGUAAAGGUGGUAGUGUUGGCUCGUACUCUGAAUCACCAGGAAUAGAAAUAGUACGUAGACAUGCAGCUGAAUAUAUUGAGAGACGUGAUGGUUAUCCAUCAGAUUAUAAAAAUAUUAUUUUAUCAAAUGGCGCAUCAGAUGGAAUAAAGUCAUUUUUAAAAUUAUUUAACGAACAAAUAAAUGGACUACCGUCGGGCGUAAUGAUCCCAAUACCUCAGUAUCCAUUGUACUCGGCAGCUUUAGCAGAGUAUGGUCUGUCACAAAUUGGUUAUUAUCUUGAUGAAGAAAACAAGUGGGCAUUAGAUACUGCAGAGCUUGAAAGAGCUUACAAUGAAGCUAAAAAAACUUGUAACCCACGUGUUCUUGUUGUUAUUAAUCCUGGAAAUCCAACGGGACAAGUUCUUACACGCAAUAAUAUUGAAAGUAUAAUACGUUUCGCACAAAAAAAUCGAUUAUUUAUUUUAGCUGAUGAAGUAUAUCAAGAUAAUAUAUAUGACCCAGAUAGUGCAUUCCAUUCAUUUAAAAAAGUUAUGAUUCAAAUGGGUGCACCCUUCAAUAAAAUGGAACUCGCAUCAUUCAUGUCGAUAUCAAAAGGAUACAUGGGCGAAUGUGGAAUUCGAUGCGGGUACGCUGAAUACUUUAAUAUGGAUCCUGAAGUAAUGGCAAUUCUUUCAAAAUCGAUAUCAGCGAUGUUAUGUCCAACUGUAUUGGGUCAAGUAGCUAUGGAUGUUGUAGUUAAUCCUCCAAAACCCGGUGAACCAUCAUACGAACAAUUUAUAAAAGAAAAGACAGCUGUACUUGAGUCAUUAGCCGAACGAUCACGACUAGUUGUCGAUACACUGAAUAGUAUUCCAGGUUUUAAGAGUAAUCCAGCUAUGGGUGCAAUGUAUGUAUUUCCUCGUAUAAAUUUACCACCUAAAGCUAUCGAAGCUGCUAAAGCUGAGGGUCAAGCACCCGAUGUAUUUUAUGCAUUUAAACUUCUCGAGUCAACGGGAAUUUGCGUGAUCCCUGGAUCUGGUUUUGGUCAAAGACCUGGAACUUAUCACAUACGUACAACUAUUUUACCACAAAAAGAAAUGAUCAAAACGAUGCUUAACAGUCUUAAAGAAUUCCACUUGAAAUUUAUGAAAGAAUACAGUUAGUUAGUUUAUUUAAUAUAUUAAUUAAUAAUAUUUUUAAUUCGACAAUAAGGUCGACAGGUCGGCAAUUUUUAUCUUUUAUUCUUUAACACAGGUGACAUUAUUAUUAAUUUUACUCAUUAAUUAAUUAAUAAUUACAAUCUAUACCAUAAUUUUCUCUGUUAAUAAUAAUCUGUAAAUGUUUUAUCAUCACUACUAUUUUUUUAUUCUUAAAUAUUACAAAUUAGCGUUGCCUCUAUUUGUAAAUAUUUUUUUAAAAUUCAUAAUCACUACAAAAAAAAAUAUUUUCAUUACUAAAUAAA